AUGUAUGCCUCUCUCUCCACGUUGACAGUCAUACGGAACGCCAGCCCUCUCAUUCUUUUGGGAGCGGAGCGGCUGAUGUUUGGCGUCCCGAUCACAAAGGAUGCCAUCAUAUCGCUGACGAUGAUCCUGAUAGGCGUGGUUGUCUACUGCUCAGAUGACCUCUCCACCAAGGAAGCAUUAGGCAUCUUCUUGGUGGUCUUGGACGCAGCCUUCCUGUGCCUGGAUCGCCUGGCACAGCGCUACCUCCUGCAGGAAAUGCCAGUGUCCCUGUCGUCCUCAGCUCUAGUGCUCGUGUCCAACGCUGUGGGCCUGGGCUUCUCGACCGUGUUGCUCUUCUUCCCGAUGCACACGGAGCUUCACGAGGUAGAGUGGACGCCAGCUGGAAUCGCUUGGUCCAUAGCCUCUUGCAUUGGAGGUGCUGCCAUCGCCUAUGCGGGCAUUGGCCUGUCACGCAAUCUUAGUGCGACUGGCGCCCUGGUAGUCACGAACAUUGACAAAGUGGUAGUGCUAUGCUACGGAGUAAUGAUGUUGGGAGACCACUUCGACUCCAGGAAGUUAUGUGGAUGUACAUUUGCCCUGGUCGGAGGCACCUGGCAUGCCUGGGGGCGCCUGCGGGCAGGGGAGGAGAAGAAGCAGGAGCUCAAGGUAGAUCCUUUGAGCCAAGAGCUUGCUCCAUCCGCCGAAGAAAUGAACAGCUUCUCCUGA